UACUAUUUGCAAGCUCUAUUGGCAAGUUAAGGCUAGCUAGAAAAGGAGAGUGAGUAGUGAGUUGUGAGGCACAAGUUGGAGUGAAAAGAUCCCAUGGGGAGGCCUCCUUGCUGUGACAAAGUUGGCAUCAAGAAAGGUCCAUGGACACCUGAGGAGGAUAUCAUCCUUGUCUCUUACAUCCAAGAACAUGGUCCUGGAAAUUGGAGAUCAGUGCCUACUAAUACUGGGUUGUCAAGGUGCAGCAAAAGUUGCAGGCUUAGAUGGACUAAUUACCUCAGGCCAGGAAUCAAGAGAGGGAACUUCACUCCCCAUGAGGAAGGAAUGAUAAUUCAUUUGCAAGCUCUACUGGGUAACAAAUGGGCAGCCAUAGCUUCUUAUCUUCCACAAAGAACAGAUAAUGAUAUAAAGAAUUAUUGGAACACUCAUCUAAAGAAGAAGCUGAAGAAAUUUCAAGCAGCCUUAGAUCCUCACUCAGCAUCAGACUCAACAACCAGUGGCCAGUAUCUACCAAAGAGCUUCAAUGACAGAAGAAGUUUAGACAUGAGCAGCAACAACAACAAUCAUGCUUCAUCCCUUAGGCUUAAUCAGUCUCAGUCCUCCACAUAUGCCUCAAGCACUGAGAACAUCUCAAGACUCUUGGAAGGUUGGAUGAGAUCUUCCCCAAAGCCACUCAAGGGGUCUCAAGAUGAAGAUCUCCAAAGCAAUGAUGACAACAACAUGGAAAGCACUAAGCUAGAGAAGUGUGCAUCAGUAGUGCCUGCUUUGAAUAACCUUCAUCUUCAGCACAAGAAGAACAAAGAUGACCAUGAGGGUGGUGUAGAUAUGGUGUCACAUGAAGAGUUUGAUUCCAUUUUGUCCUUUGAGAACCUAAACAAUGCUGCCUGGGACAAGUCCACUUGUGAUUCCAUGCCUGAAAAGAGUUCUGAAGCUGCUGCUGAUGAAUCUGCUCAUGAUGAUGAGAGGAUUAAUAGGCAAAAAUCUGAGAACAACAACAAUAAUAGUGCUCCUCCUUUGUCAUUUCUUGAGAAGUGGCUUUUGGACGAAAACGUUGGUCAUGCGGAGGAGAUGAUGGAGUUAUCUCCUAUGUUCUAACAUGGAAAAAUCACCAAUCCCUAUAAGUUUGGGAUGUGACAUUCAAAAUCAUGAUGAUUAGUCAGAUGAAACAAGAGAAAGGAAACUCUUUGAGAUCUGACUAGGGUUUGAUCCAUUACAUGGGUUGAGAUUCUGAGAAGCUAGGAUCGAUCGAUCUCCUUCAACUUGUAACUUGAAAGUUUAUGAAUGGUUUAAUUAUUUCAAGUAAUACUAUGCUUUGUGCAUGUUGUUCUUUGUCUUGUAGAAAACUACAAAUUAAUGUUAACUUCAGCCCAAAUAAUAUUACAGUAACAGUUAUAUUUAAAGAUUUGACAAAAUUUUAUUAUUAUUUGGUG